AUGGAGCCUUCAGUCGAAAUUCUAGUCCAUGUUUCCGCUCCAAGUGGCGCCGAAGACGAUGCAAAUCACCGCGCCCUUGCAGAUGCUUAUCUGCAUUUUGAACCUGUCACAAAAAUAAAAAUAUAUCCCGAUGAUGAGGAUGAUGGUCUUCGUGCAAAUAGUCCAAAUGACCUGGAUGUUCUCUCUCAAAUCAACAAUGACCUGGAGGGUGGCAGCACGGCCAAUUCGACGGGCUACCUGACUCCUCCUUCGUGGAAGCGCGUGAAUGCUGAAUAUGGACUUGACGAGCCCAGUAUUUACGGUGUCCAGCACGGACGGCACUCCAAAGGCAUCCCAGAGGGUGAUACCACAGAGAUCGAUGAGGAUUCGUUUGAAACACCACCAGAGACCGUACCUGAUUCGCAGCCAUCGCUCUCGCCGGGAUGGGAUGCCCAUAUGGCUGCAAAUCCUGACGAUGAACCUACUAUGGGAGAAAUCAGUGUCCUUGAACCGCUUCCGGACACGACAGGCUCACAGGCCGAGAUCGCUGACCCUGUCUCAUCUGCAGUGCCGCCAGGAUCCGCCUUCUCAUCGCAAGCAUCGUUCGAGUCUGUCUGGGAUGUCGAAAGAAAUAAUAGUCCUGGUACUGGGCGUGUACGGGCUGUGCAGAUCGACGAGCCUCCAUCGCCCUCACAAGACAGGGCUUCGAAGCGAAAACGUCUGUCCACCGCAACAAGGGAUGUCGCCUCGCCCUUUCGGGAACCCUUUCUGUCAAGUGAGGCGACAGAGAUAUCAUCCCCGGGACCUUCUGGACUCACCAGCCUUCCCGAUCUGCCGAUGGAGAUUCGCCCGCCGCGUCCGCCUAUGUCAGACACCGCCCGCUUUACAACGCAUAUCACACCCACUCUCCACAUGAUUUCAGAGCAGUUAAACCCGUCGCGAUAUUUCAAGCCUGCGUAUCAAGCAAGACAGCUGGGCAAACUUGAGCGAGGAUACUGGCAGCUACGAAUUCCCGUCAAUGCAAAUAAGCAAGCGGCUACAUCCAACGAGGACGAUGGUGACUCGACGACAAAUGCAUCGACAACUAGUAGCUGGACGGGCCCUACAAGGCCCUGGACACUUGAUCACUUUCUACGGUUCUGGAAUUACCUUGCAGAAUUUGUUGGCCAGCACGGGCGAGCGGGCUGGGGGGUGUGGUGCUACUGUGACAGCGCUGAAGGGCAGCCCAAGGUCGACUCGGUGCAGCAGCUGGACGUGAGGGUAUAUGCCUGGGGUGAGAUUGCGGCGCACAUAUAUUUAUUGCUGUUCUUAGCUAGCCACCGGGCGGUCAAAAGGGUCCCUCACGUGCAGUGGAGGGAUGGCAAGGGGGAAACGAUCAUUCGCAUGGCUUGA